AUGUAUGACAACCGGCCUUCCUGCAGGUCACUGCAAAGCGAUUUGGGAGCACACCCCGUCGGCAGCGUGGCGCUGGGGUGGGAGCUGGGGCUCACACCGAGUCCUAAUCUCGCUUCACAUUUUUAUACCUGUGUUGUUUUGUGGGAGGAGAUUGUGCAGCUUAAAUGUGACUCCCUUGUAUGCCUGAGUAAAAUGAGAGCUCAUUUAAGAACUUGUGAGAAAUAUAUAAAAAAAUAUGGAUCUGUACAAGACCUUGGAGAUGCUGUAACAAGAUAUUCCUGUCCUUAUUGUCAGUGUGAAGGAGAUGAGAAUGAGAUAAUGGACCACUGUCUCACUCACCACAGAUCAGAAAGGAAACCUAUGUGUUGUCCAAUUUGUUGUUUAACAUCUGGGAGACACCCAAGUUAUUUCAGUGGAAAUUGUAUAAGGCAUCUUCAACUCAGACACACACUCCGUUAUGAAGACUACAUAGUGAGCAAUGGUAUUCACAAACUACUGGACUUGAUUUCUUUAUGUGCAUCUUCUUCCGCACCUUUUACAGUCAGGAAGUCAUGGAAAGAACUGAAUGGGAAUGGACUUAUCUAUGACAGCACUUUAAUGACAGCUCACACAUACGUAGCUUCAAAAAGAAUAGCUAAGGCUCGAGUAUUUAGUUCUAUACACAGUAAUAUGAUGUACAUCACCAAAGUGGACUCUUUAAUAAAAAGCAUUAGCAUUGCCGG